AUGCUUCCAGGGGUCGGCGUGUUCGGCACCAGCCUGACCGCCAGGGUGAUCAUCCCGUUGCUGAAGAAUGAGGGCUUCGCCGUCAAAGCGCUGUGGGGCCGGACGCAGGAGGAGGCGGAGGAGCUGGCAAAGGAGAUGAACGUACCGUUUUACACCAACCGGAUCGACGACGUGCUGCUGCAUCAGGAUGUGGAUCUGGUCUGCAUCAACCUGCCGCCGCCUCUGACGCGACAGAUCGCGGUCAAAACGCUGGGAAUUGGAAAGAACGUCAUCUGCGACAGGACUGCGACGCCUCUGGAUGCCUUCCGAAUGAUGUCAGCAGCCCAGUACUACCCCAAGUUGCUGAGCAUUAUGGGAAAUGUGUUACGUUUCUUGCCGGCCUUCGUUCGAAUGAAGGAGCUCUUAGAGGAAGGGUACAUUGGGGAGCUUCUGGUCUGUGAGGCCCAGGUUCACAGCGGUAGUCUCCUGGGGAAGAAGUACAACUGGAGCUGCGAUGAUCUGAUGGGAGGUGGCGGCCUGCACUCGGUGGGCAGUUACAUCAUCGACCUGCUCACAUUUCUGACGGGCCAGCGUGCAGCAAAAGUCCACGGCUUCCUAAAGACCUUCGUCAAACAGACGGACCACAUCCGGGGCAUCCGUCAAAUUACCAGCGACGACUUCUGCACGUUCCAGAUGGUACUGGAGGGAGGCGCCUGCUGCACCGUCACGCUCAACUUUAACGUGCCUGGAGAGUUUCGUCAGGAGGUAAUCGUUGUGGGGACUGUCGGGCGGUUAACGGUCAUAGGGACGGACCUGUACGGACAGAAGAACAGCGGGGGCGGAGGAGGCAGUGGUGGCCCUGAACUACUGCUCAAAGACGCCACGCCUCUUGAGAAGGCUUCUUUACCGGAGAAGGCCUACAGUGACAUUCCGUCCCCUUAUCUCACCGGGACGAUCCGCAUGAUCCAGGCUGUGCGGCAGGCCUUUCAGGACCAAGAUGACCGGCGGACAUGGGAUGGGAGGCCUCUCACAAUGGCUGCCACCUUUGAGGAUUGCCUUUAUGCUCUUUGUGUGGUGGAUACCAUCAAGAAAUCCAACCAGUGUGGAGAAUGGCAGAACAUUGUGGUGAUGACGGAAGAACCGGAGGUCAGCCCGGCCUAUUUAAUCAGCGAGGCCAUGCGACGGAGUAGGAUGUCGCUCUACUGUUAGCAUCUGGCUGAUAUGCUAAUCUCAUCAGGAUGGCUGAACACCUGUGUUACCUUAAAAACUGGAGGUGGAAGGGACUUGGUAUUGUUGGAACUUUUUUCAUACAGCUACCGGAUGCAGUUCUUAAAUUCAUCGCCGUUUGUUUAUAUACUGUCAAGUCUGUAUUGUUACUUUUACAGACAGAGAUGUUACACCGCUAUAAUACCGAGAGUGAUGGUUUCCUGACAUCCUGCCUCCACCGUAGAGGAAAAGCAAUGUGAUUAAUAAUCAAACUUUUAUUUAUGAGGAAGUCUCUCUUUUUUUCCCCCUUUUGACAGAGGACUUGAGCCCUUUUUGGGAGAUGCACUUGUAAAUCAAGCGGAUUCAUGCAACCGAAAGACUUGAUGCAGUCCUACAGCGGAGGCAGAACUGGGAGUGAAACUAAUGCCACUGUGUCCUGCUUGACCAUAAGGGUAUUUCGCCUCUCACCUCUGAUCCCCCUCUACAUGACUGGGUCUGGUAGUCAACACCUUACACUGUGGGUCCAAAUGAGGACAGCCAAGGAAGAACGACAGUCCUCUCAGUUAACUGUGACACUCUAUUGUUGCUAUGAUCUGAAGAACUAGUUUUACCAAGUGAAUGUUUUUUUUAAAAAAAAGUCUGUGUGCUUGAUAGCUUCAGUCUCUGUCCGCUCUGUAUGUGUGAAACAAGGGAGAAAAAAAUCAAUAGUUUGGCUGGUGGGAUUUCAGAGGGGUUUACCUUCUGGUUUAUGUAUGCAAUAUAUUCAGGCUGUAGUCUUUAUCUUCCAGCCUGGAGCCAAGGGUGAAGAUGCACUAUGGGUAUACCUUUAUGCAGUUCCAGUAGUCUGUGACUGUAUGAGUGGCCAAAGCAGUGAUACUUUGUGUUUACUUCAUGCUCCUUCUGUCAUCAUAAAGCAUAGCCAUGAAAUAUACUGAAUUCUAUCGACGUGUUGAUACAUAUCUGUACUGAGCCUUAAUUGUGGAUAUUGAAGCAGUCUUGUGCUAAGCUAUGUGGGGUUCUUGAUCCAUAUAUUGCAAUACAAUGGGUCACCACUGCUGUGCGACGUGCUUUUUUAAGCCUCUUUAACAUGCGGAGUGACAGGCAGCCUUGUCAGUAUGCACUGCCCGCAGGUUCAGUUUGCACCCAGACUUACAGUAAGACUGGAAAUUUGCAUUGAAUUAACAGUGGUAGGUGGAAUUGAUUAGUAUUUCUUUCACUUUCUGUCAGAGGUGUUAAAUGUCAAGGCCGGUAGUAUAGGAUCAACUAAUUGUUGCUUUUGUCUUUGACACUAAGACAAAUAUAGAAUAUCAACAGACUUAUACCUCUAAAGCAUCAUUUGCAUGUGUCCUGAGUGCAGCUACCCUUCAGAGCUUCAGAAGUGCAGCAGGAUUUAUCCAGACGAGUAUGUUAGUAAAGAAAAGCACUAAAAAGGAAGUAAAAAAAGCAAAAUUUAGGACAAAACAUGUCCAAGUAAUAUAUAUCAGGAUAUCAUUUUUGCCUCAUCAUAAUAACUGAAAAGUAGGUAAUUUAUCACUUACAGAAAACCUAACUUCUCAUUUUGUUUCACUACCUGUCCAUUACAUAGGACGGCCUACAAGAACCAUCAGAAAGUAUUAGUAUAUACAGUUUGACUUAGGGUUUGGUAACACUCAAUACAGGUGAAAGAACAACACUGACCUACAAGCCAAAAGAUUGAUUUUUUUUUUUAUGCAUCUCUGUCCCCCCCGUUUGGUUUCAAGUUCUUAAGCUGUGCUGAAAUACUAUCUAUGUAACGCCUACUGAAAAUGAACAUAUGAAAAUAUUAUAAAAGAAUAUGUGUUUAUUUAAAGAAAUAAACAAGUACUGUAUGUAUUUUAUUUGUAAAAACCAACGAGCUGGAACAGGUUUCGGUGAGCGUUAAGGUAUUUAUUCUUUGUUUUUGCUGUUGAAGUUUUUUGGACUGACCUGCAGUGUUUUUGGGGAGAUUAACAGCAGACUGAGGCCUCGGAGCAUUCAGCUUCUUAGUUCCCCAUUUAUGAAAUAUUUACCAAAAUAGUCUUCUCGUAGACACACUGUUGUGAAAGAAAGCUUUUUGUUUGACUUUAAGAUCGAAAUUGUGUCGUAAAUCAUCACAGUCGUAAACCACUGUAACUACACUGUCAUCCAGUGCAAACUCUGUGUAACUGAACCUAGGUCAUAGUAUCUAACAGUAAUGUCGGACCCUUUUUUAUUGUUCAGUGUUUUCAUUUGCUGAGGUCAGGGCACAUUACAGCCCUCGCUGUGGGGCGCUCAGCUACACAGAGCUCUGUCAAAACUUUUUCAGGAAAAAAAAAAGAAAAAAAGAAACACCAUUGCUAACCAGUCUGCAGAGUGCAACACUGAUAAGUUAUCUCUCUCUCUAAGAUAACUCAAGUUAGGCUAUAUUAUUGCCCCCUGUGUGCCCAGCGCCUUAUCAAAUCUGCAUAUAGACUUUUCCCUGUUGUCUGAUAACAAUUCUGAAAAUAUAAAUGCCUGAUUUAAACUUAGAAAAAUGUUUACUGGAAUUUAAGCUACUAUGGACUAAGCCGACGCUGUAUAGUUGGAUAGUGUGCAGGAAUUGGGGGAGGGGGGUCCGAAUCAUGGUUCCUACAUUCAGUCAUCAUGAGGUUUUUCUCUGCCCCACCAAAUCUGUCAACAGACCUUAUUACUGUCCGGUUUAUUGUUCUAUGCUGAAGCAGCCGUGGAUGUUUGGCCCUGUUGGGUCCAAUUUGGAGGCGAAUUAUUUCCUUCUCCCCUUCGCUAACUGAUAGAUAUGCACAGGGAAUCUAAGCUGGAAGACAAGAGACUACACCUACAACAAACACAGAUGGCUUCUGUAUACUUUAAAUGCAAUUGAAUGCAGAAGGGUUUUUCUUCAAAAUUUUUAAACCGAGUAACUUAAAUCGUUUGUGUGGUCUCGCUUUAUGUUUUGAACUAAAACUGAAUGGGUACCAGUGAUUGAUAGCAAUUAAAUUAAGCCGACUGGAAAUCCCAGACAAGGACAUAGAAGUCUGUGGCCUGUAUCCCCCUUAAAACUCUUGGAAUGGUUUAGUCCAGUGGUCUUCUUCCACAGGAGAAAGGUCAUACUAUUCUUAUUUGCAGGGUUACACAAAACAAACUGAGGGUUAAUCAUUUGUUUUCAGUAGCAUCACCACAAGGAUGCAUCUCAUGCCAUUGUUACUGAUAUUAAUUUAUUUUAUUUGUAUGUGCACUUCACUUUUUAAUAACUUCUUUACAUAGUUCUUUCCUGUCCUGGAAAGAACUAUAUCAUUUGGUGCUAAUUACAGUUAAAAGACAAACUUGUGAACAUUUCAUUUUAGUUUUAGUUAGAUUAGUUUUUAGAAUUAAUUGUAAAUGUUCCUACCGAUCACUUUCCCCGUAAUUAGCACCAGAUUACAUGGUCCUUUCCAGGAAAUUUCUUAGACAAUUGGAAAUUAUUAGGUAUUGACAGACCCGUAAAAUAAAAGUGUCACUUAGGUUUAGCUAAAUAGUGAUGCAGCCAUGACACAAGUCUCUAUUCCACACACUUGUCGCAGCAGUGCUACUAUCAAGCUCCGCAAAGGAAAUAUCUGGAAAAAUUCUGUGGAGGAGUGUGCUUGAUGGUCUCCAAUAGCUUUCCAGUGGUAAGACCCUUCAUUUCCACUGAGCAGCAGAUAUUCAUUCACCUCCAAAGAAACAUAACUGUAGUGAAACUCAAAAGUUUAGGGAAGUUACACUCAGCCAGGCUAGGCUUGUAUUUUCCAAUAUUACCUGCUCCUAGUUCUUCCCGUUUGUCUCUUAAUUCGUCGCCCGUUUUUAGGCCAUAGCAACUUGGCUUAAAUUCAUUCAUUACCCAGAACUGCACAGCUUUUGGCACCUGUGUGUUGAAAAAACAUCGCACCAUAGACCCGGUGUGUUAAAAUCAGCUUGGGUUUCAUGUUGACGUGACAAUAAGUAUAUUCAUUGUCCCGGGUUGAGAAGAACCCACUGUAACUCAUAACUUUAGCUUAAUCAGACGUUCUCGAGUUCUUUCAAGGGCUUGAAACGUGGAUUUACUCUCAGCUUGUGCUAAGCGGAGGUUCACCCAUGUCGCCUCAAACCCACCCUCCUCCAUGGAGACUCAAUCAAACAGCUCAGCGGACACAUCCUCAGCCAGUUCCCCGUGCUCUGUGGUCAGUGUAUCAUUAGCACCUGCUUCCGACUCAGAAUAUCACGACACCAGAAGGCUUCUCAUUUCAGCCAGUGCAGAUGCAAAAUACUGAAACAGAAAAGCGAAGGAAUUUAAGUGGCCCUUUCCUUGGUGUCAUUGUGAUGGUGACGUCGAUUGUGACGCAGGUGAAACCUGUUCUCUCAUCACAUGGUUAAUACUACUGAAUAUUUAAUGAGAGGAAUCUUAAUGGGCUGUUUCAGUAGAGCAUGAGGACCUGAUGCAUUUUAAAUAGCAGCGUCAAAUCUUUGUUUGUGUUAAGUAUCUCUUGAUUUUCUUAUGUUUUCUUUCAAAUGUUGAAUCACUGAAUAUGUUUUAUGCCCAUGGAAAAGUUAUCACAUGACAUAGCUGAUGUUCAGAUGUCAGAUUGGUGGUGAAGUGAUAUUAUGCUGUGGCAUUGUUGAAGUACAGGACUGCAAAAGAGGACUCGUGUUUCCAAAAAUACAAAUACUGUUCUUUACUUCUGGAUUUCUGCUGCCAAGAACUGUUUUGUUUACCGUUGAGCUUGCUGCUUUGUGGCCUGUUAAGGAUGAGCCGACUCUGUGCUUCGGAAAAAGUUCCAGCUUUGCACUUUGACUGCCUCCUCUGCUGACAGUCAUGACGAUGAAUUGCUUUUUCUUGCGUUGCCAGCAUUCACAAACUGUUCAGGAAGGGCCUUCGCUCAUUGAGGGAGAGCGGGAUGGAGGUGGAGGUGGGAUUGGGCGAAAAUUGUUCAUUUUGGAGACGGACAACCUCAAAGAGGCGCUUCUACUGCACUCCGAGGCCGUUACUUAGCGACCGGAAGCCAAGUUGCCAAAACUAGAUCCAGUCUUGUUUUUUUUUUCUCUUUCAUUUUCACUCAUGCAGUAACACACUGCCCUCACUCUUCCUUUUCUCUACACGCCAUUUUCUUUCACACAAACCCUCCCCCCUCCCUAUCUUCCCCCCUCUUUCUCUGACUGACUGGUUAGAGCAUGAUCUCCCAGUGGGGGGGGGUAAAGUCAGUGCUGAGAGGCAACCGUUUUUGAUUUGCUGCUCACCGAUCGUUGAUUCACUGAUUUCACAUUAUAAACAGGGUGCCGCGAUUUCAGUUUCUUUUUCCUCACCAUCUCCCUCUCUCUUUCUCUCUAUUGUGAGUCAGGUUGAAGCCUGGAGGACUAACUCACUGGUGCUUCUCCAAACCUUCCCCCCUGACACAUUUCCUUCUCUUCUCUCCUCUUCUCUUAUCUUCUCUUCACAUCUUUCGGAGACAGGGCAGGAGUAACCAAGGUAACUCCCUUUAAUAACAGCGAAUAACUGACAGAUACAGAAUCCGAACACCAUUCCUCAGCUGGUUUAUGAAUGCUGACUCUUGCCCCGUCUUGCUGUAUCCUCUACUUGUUUAAAGAAAACGAUCCAUCUUGAUGCUGUAUUGUGACUAUAUCCAAUAUUUAUUGUUAUGUGUGUAUAUUGUGGACGCAUGGACCUCUGUACAUACUGUAAUUUGAGCUGUGAAACGCAUAUAUAUGGGUCUUAAUCUAGAGAAUGUACUUACUGUAGGAAUAAUUUAUAUUUCCCAUCCUUUCAGGAUGACAGGCCCUUUUUAGGAGGUCCGUGGGUGUUACAGAAAUAAAAGCCCCCCUCCCCCGAGUUAGCCGUAAAGUAUGAUGGUGCACUUCUGUCAAAUGACCCCCACCCUCCCCCGCCCCCCUUUCUUUUUUGAUUGACUGUGUGACUCCCGUCUUAGAGGUUUACUGCCCCAUCUCCCUGCACCAGUGCUCGGUAUUGACUGAAUGUGUGUGGAUGAGGGUAUGUGUGUGCAAAAGUGGGGACAAAAGCGUGACUUUGUGUGUCUGCUACAUGGUUUACUACUUCAGCAAUUGUCUAAUGCU